AUGGAGAAAGGAACUGGUAUUGUAGUUACAGCUACAAGAUCUCCAAUGCAACUUAUGAUGGGAGCUUCUGUUGCUGCAACUGGUGAUCAGGAGCUAGAAGGUAACAAACCUACCUUCCUACGCACUGCUGAGACUUUCUUGCGUCUACUUUCUAUUGGUCUUUGCGUUACAGCUCUUGUCCUCAUGCUUAAGAACUCCGAAGAAAACGAUAAUGGAUCUCUCUCCUACACUGACCUUGGAGCUUUCAGGUAUUUGGUACACGCCAAUGGUGUUUGCGCAGGUUACUCUCUACUUUCAGCAGUUCUUGUUGCUGUCCCUCGUCCCACUAUAUCUCGUGCUUGGACUUUCUUCUUCCUCGACCAGGCAUUAACAUACAUAGUUUUGAGCGCGGGAGCUUCCUCGAUGGAUGUGGUGUUCCUGGCUGAGAAUGGAGACAGUGCAACAGUGUGGAGUUCAGCUUGUGGUUCUUUUGGUCAGUUUUGUCAUAAGGUCACAGCUUCAGUAGCUAUCACGUUUGUAGCACUGGUUUGCUAUGUGAUUCUUUCUCUCAUUUCCUCUUACAAGCUGUUCAGCAAGUUUGAUGUUCCACCAAGUAGCACUGACCAUAUUGCUCCUGCUUUCCGUGGCUAG